AUGAAUGAAAAGGACACUAAUGAGUUGAAGAGGGGCGCAGGUUACCUGAAGGAAAAGGCCAUCAUCGGGUUGAGUCGCGUGACAGGGGAUGAGCUGGAUCGGGCCAUUAUGAAAGUUACAAGUCAUAUGUUGAAGGCUCCAAAGGAGAAGCAUAUGCAGAGGCUUCUUGCUGCAACCUACGGGCACUAUAAAACCGAUACUCGUGACGGGAAGAAUAUUUCCAAUUAUAUUGUUUCGGAGCUUGAGAAACGAUUGCAUACACAUAAUUGGAUUGUGGUGCUCAAGUCCUUGGUGACAUUGCACCGUUUGAUGAGGGAUGGCUCCGAUGAGGUAAACAGCUAUAUACAGCGAAAUCGAAAUAUAUUUUGUGCUUGGAAUCUAAAGGAUCUUUCCGAAGAUGUGGACGGGGCAGCACAAGGAGCUUUUAUCCGACAGUAUUUGCGUUACCUCGAAGAGCGUGCCUCUUCACAGGAAAAGAUUGGCAUCGUGAACCGUUUAGAGAGUGUUGAAUUCAGCUCAGUUUUGCGCUCGUCAGACGUUGAUUCUCUCACCCCAUUGUUCGAGGCAUUGUUGACACAGCUUGGUGCUCUUGUCGAGGUGGAGUAUAGAGAGGCCAUCGUGGAUAACUUCUGUACCUUGGAAGCUUAUCAGAAGAUUAUUGACGACGGAAAAGUCUUGUAUCAGCUCCUGUCUGACCGCGUUAUCUUUAUACUUGACGGUUUCGAUGACUUUUCACUUCAUCAGAAAAAAGUGUGGCUGGAGCUAUACCGACAGUACAGUGUGUUUGGGGAACGACUGCGUUUACUGUUCGAUUCAAUCCUCAGCUCGACCAAAGUAUUUGAUCGGCCCCCUCCCCGGCUUAGGCCUCUUCCACCUUCGUUGCUGGAAAAAUUGGAAGGUGAUGUUCGCCUAAGUAGCAUCCCGAGAGAAGAUGUUACUGAGACUUUGGAAAGCUUGGGGAUAAUAAGGAAUGAACAAGAUGAGGCCCCAUUGAAAGAAACACAGAUUGGGGAUGUGGCCAAACAACAGCCAUCUCCAUUGCCAUCAGAUAUCACGGAAGAAGACCCUACAAAGGAAUCAGCACCUUUGCCACCUACAGUGUCCGAAAAGAAAGAGGCUGCAAUAUCUAUGGAUGACCUUUUUAUAAGUGUUCCAGUGACUGUUUCUGCGCCGGUAUCUAACUCUGCGGCUCCUGGUGAGACAAAUGUCUUUCAAAUCGAUAAUCCGCAACAAGCUAUGUUUACUCCUCAGUACGAUGUCAAUUUCGGAGUACCAGCCUUAGGGGAUAACAACAAUGUAGCAAAUGCGAUGCUUGAUGGUGGAUGGUCAACAGGAGCUCCAGUUUCGUGGGAAACUACAUCAAGUGAGCAGUACGCAGUACCGGCUCAGACAACUAUGACACCUCAUACCGAGUGGAGUGCACCUGCAUCUUUAGCAAAUGAAACUACUCAAGGGAAAAGCGGCGAGGAUGCGUUUAAAAAUCUUUAUGCUGAGGGGCAAAAGGGUUGGUAUUCCAAAGAUAAGUAG